AUGGAUUCUUUCUCGAACUUCAAUGCUUCCGACCUCGGCUCAAAUGAUCUUGACUUCGAACAAUACCGCAAUUUGGACUUUGACUUCUUGUCCGUAGAAACUCAGGGCCAAUCAGGCGAAAGUAGAAAGGAUAUUGGAACUCACGAUUACCACCAACACAAUGCUGCCCUCAUGUCUUCCGGGAAUCUAUCUUCUCAUCAUAACUUCGUCCAGUCUUUGACCGCCGUAACUCCUUUCACUUUGUCAAACGACAUGUUGCCAACUCCCGAAAGCUCCGAACACAAUGUUUGUCCUGACACAAUGAUCAUGUCCCCGUACACAAUAUGCAUGGAGGACGCUUUCCAAGAUGAGGAGCGAUUUUACUUUGAACCCCUGGAAUCUCCAGCAUUAGGAAAUCAACACUGUAUACCAUAUUAUAUGAAUCCUGGACUCCUGUCUCCGUCAAUUUCUCCGACAUCAUCUCCGGUUCAAAUAGUGAACGUCCCCAAUAGCUCACCGCCGAGACGCUCGAGUCAGAAAUCCAAAUCUUCUUUCAAUCAUGUUAACAGUGCGCAACGUUUUUCUCCUAUAAACAAGCAAAAAGUCGAAAAGAGCAAUUCUAUUUCCCGAAAUCAAAGGAGAAAGUCCUCUCUUGAUAGCAACGAUGAUAUCAAUGGUGACAAUAUCAACCUAAGCUCCGGAAAUAAUAUCGAUAACGCCCAAAAGUUGAAUGCAACCAUGACAGAAUCACCACAGAUGAUACCCAGUUCUAUGAAUAUGACCAAUCUAGAACAGUUGAUCUCAUCCCCGAUUGUAAAUGUGGUGAUUACACCUUCAGCAGCGCCACCCUCCACUUCUGCUAUCCAAGAACCUAUGCCCAAUCUAAAUCUCGGCAGCAACCUUGUGUCCGCCACGAGGUCCACUCUUCUUUCACUCGCCGUUCCAAAUGGCCCCUCGGCUUCGUCAUUCUCUGAGAAGAUCGCACCGAUAACACCGUCCUCACUGAUGAAAUUGAACAAGAAAACUUCGACCCUAAAAUCUAGUCAGUCGGAGAAAAGAUCGAGCCGAGAGAGAAGAUCUCCCGAGUUGCAACAAGACACACCACAAAAGUCAAUACACAACCUGAAACAGUCCAGCGAGAAAAAUGAUCAAAUUUCGGAACAACAACAAUCUGCUGGUAAAGAAGUUGGUCAGUCUAUCUUCAUUGCUCCUUCCCCGCCCGCGAAAAAGCCCAUCAAGAUCGCAACGACCGUUGCAACAGGAACACAAAUGGUGGCAAUACCGUCUAACGUUUCUCCGGUUUCACCGAGGACAAUGUCACCAAUGAUUCUGCCGUCCUCCCCGAUUGCGAGAAGGAGCUUUACACACAACAGUUCUCCAUCGACCCUAAACCCUUCAAAAAGCCCUCAGGCUUUGAAACCUACUAUAAGUCCAAAUCUGAAGCCAAAGUUACCCGGCGUGUUAGCCGAUGAGGUAGCCGAACAAUUGGCCAAAAAAUCAAAUUACCAAAGUAUCCUGGAAGGCACUGCAAAAUCACUCGGCAUUUCUUACCCUUCUGAUGUGCACUCAAGUCUUGAAUCUCGACGUACCACGCACAAGGCUGCUGAACAGAAACGCAGGGAUUCAUUAAAACAGAGUUUUGAUGAAUUGAAAAAGGUUGUGCCGUUUCAGUCGAUAUCCUCCGGAAACGGCAACAAUGGCAGUGGAAACAGCAGCAGCGGAAGCGAUGGAAACAACAAUUGUAACUCAUCUGGCAAAAAUGGUGAUGGCAACCCCUCGAUGAAAAAUGUCUCCAAAUUAUUCUUGCUAAAACGAGCUCAUGACUACAUCGUCGAACUCCAUAAACAAACCAGGGAGAAAGAUGAUAUUAUCCAAAAACUUAGAGAGGAGCUUGGUGAACUAAAGCAGUCGAAAAAACGAAAGGUCGAAAAUGAUCAACAAGGCGAGGACAGAAUGGAAUUAUCGAAAGACGAUAAGACUGAAUCUGAUGCUUGA